CCAGCCCCUAGAAGAGAGAACAGCUCCAGGCUCUCCAUCCUCGGACUUUGCAAGGGGACAGUAGUGCCAGCUGGCUCUGGCAGGCUUCUGGCAGCAUGGCAGUAAAGCUGGGGGCCUUCCUGCUGGUGUUUGGGCUCAGUGCGGUGUGGCCAGCUGCUGCCCACCGGAAGCUCCUGGUGUUUCUCCUCGAUGGUUUUCGCUCAGACUACAUCAGUGAGGAGGUCCUGGCGUCCUUGCCUGGUUUCAGAGAGAUUGUGAACAGGGGAGUCAAAGUGGAUUACUUGACUCCGGACUUCCCCAGCCUCUCCUACCCCAAUUACUACACCCUAAUGACUGGCCGCCAUUGUGAGGUCCACCAGAUGAUUGGGAACCACAUGUGGGAUUCCAGAACCAACAAGUCCUUCGACAUUGGGGUCAACCAAGACAGCCUUUUGCCGCUCUGGUGGAAUGGGUCGGAACCGUUGUGGAUCACUCUGAUGAAGGCCAGGAGGAAGGUCUACAUGUAUUACUGGCCAGGCUGUGAAGUGGAGAUUCUUGGUGUCAGACCAACUUACUGCCUAGAAUAUAAAACCGUCCCAACAGAUAUCAAUUUUGCCGAUGCAGUCAGUGGUGCUCUUGACUCACUAAAGAGUGGCCGAGCUGAUCUAGCAGCCAUAUACUACGAGCGCAUCGAUGUGGAAGGUCACCACUAUGGCCCCUCGUCGCCUCAGCGAAAAGAUGCCCUCAGAGCUGUGGACAAUGUGCUGAAGCACAUGAUCCAGUGGAUCCAGGAACGAGGCCUGCAGGAUGACCUAAAUGUCAUCAUUUUCUCAGACCAUGGGAUGACUGACAUCUUCUGGAUGGAUAAAGUGAUUGAGCUGAGCAAGUACAUCAGCCUGGAUGACCUGCAGCAGGUGAAGGACCGAGGGCCCGUUGUGAGCCUGUGGCCAGCCCCUGGAAAACACUCUGAGAUAUAUCACAAACUCAGCACAGUGGAACACAUGACUGUGUACGAGAAAGAAGCGAUACCCAGCAGGUUCUACUACAAGAAAGGGAAAUUCGUGUCUCCUUUGACUUUGGUGGCUGACGAAGGGUGGUUCAUAACGGAGAAUCGAGAGGUGCUUCCAUUCUGGAUGAACAGCACUGGCAAGAAGGGAGGCUGGCAGCGUGGAUGGCAUGGAUACGACAACGAACUCAUGGACAUGAGAGGCAUCUUCCUGGCCUUCGGACCUGAUUUCAAGUCCAACUUCAGAGCUGCUCCAAUCAGAUCGGUGGACGUCUACAACAUUAUGUGCAACGUAUCAGGCAUCACCCCACUGCCCAACAAUGGGUCCUGGUCCAGGGUGGUAUGCAUGCUGAAGGAUCAGACCAGCUCGGCUCCAUCUGCCCCACUGAACCACUGUGCCCUGGUCCUGAUUCUUCUCUUAUACUUUGCAUAACUGGUCAUAUGGCUCAUUCCAAAGCACUGUUGCAGUAAGGCCUGCCUCCAACAUGGGACAGUUUUCAUUUUCUUUACAAAUAAUAGCUUUAUUAACACAAUCAAGGCCACUGAAGUUGUAAACAUAUUAUUCUUGGAUGAUUAUAUACAUAAAGUCCCUUCUUUUAAAAAAUCUUUUUAAACUCUGUUUUACCUAAAAGUUUGACAUUUUGGUCUUUUCAUUCACUUCACUACACAAGUUUUUUCCUUAGCACAUCCUUACUGAGGAUGAACAGUGUGAGCAGUGGUCUGUCCCAGUAACAGCCAGUCAUCAAAUGGAUAUCCUGGAGUCAUCCUGGGUCCCUCUCAUCCUGCCUUGCCCUGUCAAUCAGGUCCUCUGUAUCCUGUUCACAUCCAAGGUCUCAUACUUGGGAUCUGCAGCCAUAAUUCUGCACUGUCUUUUCUAUUCCGGAAAGAGGAGGUCUAGUCACAGGAAAGCAACACGUGCUGUCUGUUUCGGUCCUGGUGCAUGGCGUUUUUAAGAACACGGUCUCAGAAAGCACAUAGGCCAGUAGAGAUCACCAACCAACCAAUUAAAGUAGCAAAAACAACUAAACUCACAGAACUGGCGGAAGCCGUGAUUUCCUCUCUCAAAGUCUGAAAAGACAAAUUGCUUCUCAAUUUCAUUGAGUGCUACAUUGUAGGGUCCGUGAGGCUUACUACACAAUCUCUCAAGGUCUAAAGCCUUGUGAACCACAGGCCCUGAACAUUGAUGUGUACUGAUCUUCUGCCUACCUGAUUCAUCUGCCUAUGACCUAUUACUUCCUCCAGACACUGCCACUCUUUCGCUCUUGAGUCAGGGUGCAAGGCAGGUAAAUACCUGAUAUUGUCAGUAUAGGCUUAGAAAGGAAGAGAUGUCUCAGCAAUAAUAAUACGAACAUUAGAAAUCUUAACUCAUUGCUAGGAAUGGUGAUAUAUCAAAUGCAAGUUUCAUAUUUCAGGAGUCCAGAAGAGGACUAUAAAAAGAGUUGAUUGUAUUUUUAAACAAUUAGAGGCACGCGCACACACACACCUCUAUAUAUGAUGGUUAGACUUAGGUUUUUUAUACUUUUUUAUAGUGAGGAAGCAAGACACAUUCAAUAGAAUGCAAUCUGAAUUUUGAACUUGAACAUUUUCUCAGCUUAGUAUUAUGCAACGUGACACUGUCUCACAAGGCUGGCCAGAAGCAGCAACCAGCCACAGCUCCCAACCAGCCACAUGAUCCUGGGUGUAGACACAUAAUAUCCUAGAGCAUCGUGUGCUGCUAAACCAUGAGGUUUUGUAGGAUGGUGCAUUAAAUUCAUUUUGACUAAAUAAUAUUUCCAGUUUAUGAUGGGUUUAUUGGGAUGUGACCCCAUCAUAAGUUGAGGAGCUUAUGAAUCUUGUUGCUUUGCAUUCGAAAUGAGUUGGCACUAAAUGAGUCACUCACAGUGACACUGUGUUGGGAAAAGAUAAAACAUCAGCUCUCAGGAGGAGGAAGCUUUUGUUUGGUGCUUGCCUUGACAAAAACAGCUCUCCACAGCACCCGGGUUUGGUAAAGAUGGACUUGCUACAGUGCCUUGAGUCAAGAGAGCAAAAGAUCACUGCUUAAAAAUGUCGAGUUUAGCCUCACAAAAGAUUUCUAAGGAUUUAUGUAAUGUGUUUUUUUAAAGCUCCAACAAACCAUGGAAUCAACUGGAAAGGAGGCAAAUCAGCCUUUGUUGUGUGGUUGAAAGCAAAUUAGUACUUUCAGAACACUGCUACGAGCUGUGGACACAGACAUCCAUUGUUCAAAGUUUUCUUUUCCCCUCAAGAAUGGUGUUUUGUUGAAUUCCAGGAAGCUGGCUUGACUUCCUCUUCAGAAGGAUUUCUGAGAGACAUUCAAGUGAUGAAAUUAAAAGUGAAUCAUUAAAAUCAAGAGGGGAUAAUAAGAUUGCACACACUAUUGCAUUUUUCUUUCUUGGUCUGUUCUGUUCUCUCCACUCACCCUUAAAAACCCUUUAAGUUGUAUAACAGAAGUUCAGAUCUCUGUCUGAUAAAGUAUAAUUUCUCAAUAAGUAAUGUUGAAUAAAUGAAUGAGAUACCAAAGGAAUCUUGAGUAGAGGUCAAUAAUAAAAUUGAGGAAAAACAUCUUUUGCCUAAAACUAACGCAUACAUUCUGAUGACAUAAUUAGUUGGCUGAAAUUGCCUUCCUUUUAGUUUUACUUUAAAGUCUAAUUAUUUUCCCCAGUUAAAAAUCUCCCACCCACUAUUAACCCUGCUUAGCCUCUGAUGAGAUACAGUAUGUUCAUGGUGCUAUGGCUGCACACUUCAUUUUCUCUAAAUGUGAUGUGUUCUAUAAAGUAAGAUGUGCUGGGAAUAUGCACACGCAUCCUUCCUCCUGAAGUUUUCUGAGACUUUACUGCUAACCCCAGGAGGGGGAUAACUGAGUGGACCUACCACAGAGAAAUGAAAGGGAUGUUCUUUAAAUUAAAGAUGAGACUAAGGGAUACUUUCUCUGCCCAUGUGCCUCAUCUCCGGAAUCCAAUUUAAUUAAGUUCUAAAGACCUAACCAUAAACUACAAUAGGUCCAGGGAAUUCUUGCAAGCCUAGAAGAGUCUUAAAUUAUAAAGGCCCAAUUCUCUUCACUUUUUGGAAAUCCAUAUCAGAUCUGAGUUCAGCCACAGAUAGUACCUUGCAAACCCUUCCAGAGUAAAAGGGAUAGGGCCUCAGAUAACACUUGUAAGUCAUAAUAAUGAAAGUUUGGGCUUGCUCCAAGGAGACGUGGGUUUUGACUCAAUCCUGGGAUAUCUGAAUCCCCGGAGAGCUAUUUCAUAAUUAGCCAGUUUCCCCGGGGAUCAUCAGCUGACAUUGGCCACUGACCAAGCCCAUUUGGGUCAGACUUCUAUCCCUCCAAAACCAAAGUGGGAGGCGGGGGUCUGAAAACUCUUGGGGAGGAAGAAACUUGUGGAGGAAAGAGCAAUAGCAAAGUCAGCUUCUGCAUGCCCUUCCUUGUGGUUCUAAGAAUCCCAACGGUGCUAUCAAACCAACUUGGACGUUGUUCAAGAUGCACAGUUCUUUUGUGGAAUUGUCUAACUGUUUCGAGUUUGUGUAAAUGUCAAGAGAUUUCCAAGUGUGAUUUGUAUUUUACCUUUUAAAGCAACUUGUGAUGGACCAAAGUCAGCUACUAUAAAAUUUCAGCUACAGAAAAGGAGGGUAUAAUCAAUGCCCACUGGUUAUUAAACAUUUAAAACUUGGUCUCAAGUUUACACUAAGGAGAAUAUGUGUUGCUUAGAAAUCAUAAAAUAGCACCUAGUACAGUACCUUAGAUGUUUAUAUUUUGAUUGAAAAAAAGAAUAAAUGUCAACAGGGAAACUUAAACUUCUGAUAUUCUCUCUCUUUCUCUCUUGUCUGUGGUUGCCCCAGUUAAAUGAAUUUUCCACAUUUG